CAGCUUUUCUGUACACACACACACACACACACACACACAGUAAAACACAGCACAGCAGGCACUUAAAAGCCAACGCCAUGGCGUUUUGACCACCAAUUUCACCCCACAUCCAAACAAUCACCAUGAACCCUCUCCGUUGACAAACACGCAUUAUCCCACGCGUAAUGGCGAGCGCGCUGCAGAUGAAGCCCUCCAGUUUGGAGCACACACGGAAGCGCGCGAUAGAUCCACGACGGAGACAAGCUGCACUCUCAUUCCUCAGCAACAUCUCUCUGGACGGACGACCGGUGCAGGAUGACGGGGAGAGUCAGACCGAGGACGAGGACAGCUCGAGGACUAGACAGAGCCUGGUUUCUGCAGUGGGCCAGCAGGCAUUGGCCGAGGCAGCGAACCAGGCUCUCAGCAGUGCCCGAGCUGCUGGUUUCAUGGCUGGGAUCCCGGCCUCUGGUGCUCCUCCUCCUCCUCCUCCUCCAGCGUGCGGUGCGGGUGCGGAUGGGGAUGUGUGCGGUGCUCAGGUGCUCCAGGCCGUGUUCAGCUCCCCUUUCUCAGCUGUCCCACCGGCUACGAGAGGGAGACUCCAGACGUACACUCAGGGAAUCCUGCCCGUGUCCUACUCCAGGCAGUCCAGCCAGAACUACGGCUGUCUAGAUGGAGGGCAGAUUGCCAACUCUGCCCUGGAGCUGCAGAGAUCCAGGCGGAGACUAAUAUCCCAGCGCUCUUCACUGGAGACUCUUGAGGAUAUUGAGGAGAACGCCCCUCUACGCAGAUGCCGAACUUUAUCUGGUUCACCCCGACCAAAGAGUUUCAAGAAGGUCCACUUCAUCAAAAACAUGAGACAACAUGAUAUGCGCAAUGGAAGGAUAGUCCUUAUCAGUGGCAGAAGAUCCUUCUAUAGUGUUUUUUCUGUCCUGCCCUAUCGAGAUUGUAGCCAAACAGGGGAUGUGAAGCCAGAAAGCGGGCGCCAGCGACACCCCUCGGGUGGCAUCAGUGCCAAGGAGAUGGUGAUCGGCCUGGAGGGGGUUGAAUUGGGUGCAGAUGGCAAGACAGUGUCAUACACACAGUUCCUGUAUCCAACCAAUGUCCUGGGUCGUCGAAACACCAUCGACUCCACGUCGUCUUUCUCUCAGUCUCGCAAUGCCAGCCACCGCAGCCUCAGCCUGGCACGUGCCAACAGUAACCAGAGUAGCCUUGAUACAGGGAAUGAACUGGGAGAUUUUAGGGACUAUGACCCAAAUCUUCUGGAUGACCCGCAAUGGCCAUGUGGAAAGCACAAAAGAGUGCUCAUCUUUCCCUCGUACAUGACCACAGUCAUUGAGUAUGUCAAACCCUCCGAUCUCAAGAAGGACAUGAACGAGACUUUUAAGGAGAAGUUCCCUCACAUUCGUCUAACGCUGAGCAAGAUCAGAAGCCUGAAGCGAGAGAUCCGUAAACUGGCUCAGGAGUGCGGCUAUGAGGAGUCCACGGUGGCCAUGGCCUUCGUUUACUUCGAGAAGCUGGUGCUCCAAGGGAAACUCCACAAACAGAACCGCAAACUCUGCGCCGGCGCCUGCGUCCUGCUCGCGGCCAAGAUCGGAGGAGACCUAAAGAAACACGAAGUCAAACACCUGAUCGAUAAACUGGAGGAGAGGUUUAGGGUGAACCGUCGAGAGCUGAUCGCCUUCGAGUUCCCCGUUCUGGUGGCCCUAGAGUUCAACCUGCAUCUCCCAGAGCACGAGGUCAUGCCCCAUUAUAGACGCCUCCUGCAAAACUCCUAGCGAAAGCCCCCAUCAGGGGAGUUCUCCUUCUCUCCUGAUCUUCUCACCCCCGAAGCCCCCUACGCACAUCGCCAACGUCCACUAUCAUCUCCAGAUGUUGGGAAGAAGACACUAUUCCACUGUUCUCUUUUCAGCCAAAGUGACAGCUCUAUAUCGAACUUUUGUUUUCGCUCUAAGAAGCUACUUUCUAAAGGGAAUAGCUAUUCCUAGACUGUUGAUUUCUCCGCUCACUAAGUGUUCAUUUAUUUCCCAACUUACAAGUGUUUUCGUCAUUUGCUCAACCCCCGUGUUACUCUAAACUAGUAUGCUGUUGUUUUCUCCAUGAAACACAAUCGGAGAACUUUUGAAGAAGCUUCAUGUUUGUCUUUUCCAUGCAGUGAGUUUAUAGAAACAUGCGUCCUUUCAACUUGCGCUCUAU